UUUAUUGCAUUGAUGAUUGAUUCCCUUUGUUGGUUAGAGUCAAAAUUACAAGUUUUGGGUUGUGACCCACACUGAGUAGACACCUGAUUCCUGAACCGGCAAGCAGGUACAGAAACAAAACCCUUUUGUUUUUUCUGACUUUGAAUCUUGUCCACCAUAACCAACUUCUUCAAGAAUAUAAUUCUUCUGGAGUUUGUUUCUUUCACAUUAUGCUCAAGAAAACUGCAUCUUCGAUUCAUAUUUUCCAGAGAGAGAAAAGGAGAAAAAGGAUGACGGAGCAAAAUAGAAUACAAAUUUGGUAAUACAGACUAAUGGUGAUACAAAAUUAAAAGGGAAUUUUUAUGCCCUAGAAAUACAAAACCGAUUAAAGUUUUGAUCUUUAUUUUCAUAGAUAAAAAAGUUUCGAUCUUUUAGAGUUUUAAUGGGGAUUUGGAGUUUGAGGGACACCCACUUUAAGGAGCGCGUGGGAUGCCAAGACUACAGAGGGACACGCGUCGGUCUUCCUCCACUUCAUACCCAGAGACCGAAACACACUCUCUCUCUCUCUCUCUCUCUCUCUCUCACUCACUCUGACUUCCCUAGUCACUAAUCAAUAAACUCUCUCUCUUAUUCACCAAAAAAUAAAUAAAUAAAUAAAUAAAAUUCUCUCUCUUAUCAAUUGCUUCGUUUACUCUCUCUCACUAUAAAAUCUCUGUCUCUCUCUCUCUCUUCCUCACACUCUCUUCUCUCUGGAAAGCUAUCAAAAAAACGACGCUCUCUAUUUCGCACUAUAUAAUCCAGGCUAAUCCUUCUUCUUUCUCAUCCUUCCAACCAUUUUUCUAUUCGGGGAAAAAAAGUUUUUUUUUUAAAAAAAAUAAAAAGAUUGAAUAAAAUUUGAACAAAUGGCGGAUAUACAACCACCAGAGAGUCAGAUCAACGGCAACGGCGGUGGCGGCGGAGUAGGUGGAAGUGGGGUUGGUGGGCAACUCGUAAUGGGUUCGUCUGAAACUGUCGGAUCGAAGCGUCAGCGAAGGCCAAGCGUCCGAUUGGGCGACAUCGGAGGAGACCAACCCUACGAUUCCCAUGUCCGUAGUCGGACUAACAAGCAGUGGAAGCUCCACCUCGAUCAGCCCCACCACCACCGCACCGGAAAAGAUUCCACUGUUAAGACCUCAAAGACCCGACCUUUAAUAAAUUUCAGCUCCUCUGCUUCCGUUGCUGGUUCUGGGUCCGACCUACACGACACUCUAGAAGCCGACGAUAGGGAAAGAGAAGCAAAUCUUGAAACCAUGGCCAUUGGUAGCUGGAAGCUCAAGGACUCCAAGAAGCGAGGCUCACUAGUCACCAAGAGAUUCAGAUCCAAUUGGGUAUCUUCCAAGCUAGACGAGGACGGUGGUGGCGGCGGCGGCGCCGGAGAUGGAGAUGAGAAAUACAGUGCCGGUGAGGAUGUCGAUGAUGGGUAUCGGGAUUUUGAAGUGGAAAACUCUGAAAGUCCAUUAAAAGAGCAAAGCCCAAUUCAUUCCCUUGAGAAUUUGGCAGUGGAUGGGCAUGGAAAUGAAAGGGAGGUACUUUAUCAUGGGAAUAGAAGACCCAUUAGGGCUAGGGUUUCUGAGGCCAGAGACCACCAUGAUGGGGUGGAAUUGUCUGGACCGUCGGAUACAGAUGCUAGGGAUUGGAAGUGUGGAGGGACUAGUGGGGAUAGGAAUGGAAAUGGAGGGCGAGGGAGGUGUGGAGAAGAUGGGGUUAGAGUUUGGCUCAAUGGAUUAGGGCUAGGUCGAUAUGCACCUGUAUUUGAAAUACAUGAGGUUGAUGAUGAAGUAUUGCCUAUGUUAACUUUGGAAGAUCUCAAAGAUAUGGGGAUAAAUGCAGUGGGUUCGAGAAGAAAAAUGUAUUGUGCAAUUCAGAAACUUGGGAAGGGUUUUUCAUGAGUCGUGUACUUUGGUUGUUGCUGAAUGUAGUUGGAGGGCGAAAAUAUAUAUAUAUAUAUAGAUUCUCAGCCAUGACAAAGUAAGUACAUGUCUGAAGUGAACUAGUUUUCAGCUUUUGGUAUAUCUUUUUUUUUUUUUGUUUUGUCUAUCUGCUUGGGUAGUAUUUUGAAUGAGUAGCUUUCCUCUUUUAUGAGUUUUUUUC